AUGGUCGGACAAGCGUUGACUUCCGUGGCCAUCGUUGGUGGUGGACCCGGAGGAUUGGGAACUGCGAUUGCUCUCUCGGAAUUACCCUUCCUGAAGGUGACUCUGUAUGAGAAAAACACAGAGCCCCGGGAAGCUGGCGCAGGCAUCAGCUUGACCACAAAUGCAUGGAGAGUUCUAGAUUUACUUGGUGCUAGUGAUGGAGUCAAGGGAGGUUCUAAAUCCAACACACACCAAAGAAACGCCUACACUGGAAAGGUUUUGAGCAUCAGUCCUCGUCCAGAAAACUCGUCCGCAGGUGACCGCGGAUCAAUCCGUGCUCGCAGAACCCGACUGCAGUCAGCUCUCUUAUCAAGAGUACCCGAAGGCGUGAUCCAAUUUGGCAAAAAGGUCGUAUCUUUGGAAAAUCUUCCGGGCCAGGGAGUUGUCUUGGGUUUCCAGGAUCACACGGAGGUGAUCGCGGACAUUGUUGUUGGGGCGGACGGGAUACACUCUGUUGUCCGUAGGGCCCUAUUGCCUGAUCAUCAGCUUCACUUCACAGGCAACUCUGCAUUCCGUGUUCUGGUUCCGAAAUCCCAUCUGGCACAUAUCCCGGAUAUCACGACUACAUCGUCAUGGUGGUGGGGUGAAGCUGGACAUGUAUAUCUCUCCGAUGUAGAUGAUGAGGAAGAGACCAAAGAUCCCCUUUUUGAGAUUACCGUCCGAUCCUAUAGUGAGCCUGAAGUGUCUGGGAAGACGGUCUUUUGGGGUAUUCCUGCAACCAACGAGAAAGUGGGAUCGCGUGUUGAGACAUUUGAUCAGAGGAUAAGAGACGCAGUCAGCGCGGUGACUGAAGGAGAAUGGAGGGAGUUUGCGACAUUCGCUGGGCCGCGUCUGAACAAAAUCACCGACUGGGAUAAAGUCGCCCUUAUCGGAGAUGCCAGUCACCCUCUUUCUGGAGCGUUUGGCUCUGGGGCGACGUUUGCCAUGGAGGAUGGUUGGAUCCUCGCGCGAGCGCUUGAGCUUACACGGUUUGCUCCUCGUCCUGUACAGGACGCUCUGGGGAUCUUUGAGCGGAUUCGGUCUCCGUACUAUACCAAAAUGUAUCAGCAUCUAGACGAAAUACGUGACAAAACGCAACAACUCUUAGCAGAAGAGAAGGAUUUUAAUGUCAUUCUGCAAGCCAAAAUCGACACUUUCCUCUAUGGAGACAAGGAUUUCAUUUAUCAAAACGACAUCAAGAAAGUCUGGGAAGACUUUCUUGCGACAGAUCAGACAGUGUUGUAA